GUUUGUGAGGUGUUACUCCUGCUGGUGGUGCUAUGGAGGCAGGAGGAGGUAGAGGGCGGGGCCGAGGGAGAGGUGUGACGGGGAAUGAUGGGGUUGAGAGAGCUGUUCUGAGGCGGCCACAUGUACAUCCUGAGGGCCCUGGGGUCCUCCAGCCGCAGUCUGGGGCCCUACAGUCUCAGUCUGGGGCCCUACAGUCUCAGUCUGUGGUCCUCCAGGCUCAGUCUGGGGUCAUCUCGCCGCAGUCUGCGGUCAUUUUGCCUCAGUCUGUGGUUCUGUCGACUCAGUCUGGGACCCUCCCUCCUCAGUCUGUGGUCCUCUCGACUCAAUCUGGGACCCUCCCUCCUCAGCCUGGGGUUCUCUCGCCUCAGUCUGGGGUCUUGUCACAGUCUGGAAUAAUCCUCCACCAACCUGGGUUCCCCCCACCUCAGCCUGGUCUUAAUUCUCAUCAACCUGGGGUCUUACCCCCACAACCUGGGGUCUUACCCCCACAACCUGGGGUCUUACCCCCACAGCCUGGAGUAUUGCCCCCACAGCCUGGGGUAUUGGCCCCACAACCUGGGGUCUUCUCUCCUCAACCUGGGGUCUUCCCACCUCAGCCUGGGGUCUUUCCUCAGCAAAAACAAAAUUCCACCAUAGUAACAGGAGGUGGCAAUCGUAAUUGGUGCACAUCUAGUAUGCAACCUCAAGAAAUAAAAUCCAAGAAAACAUUCUUACUCUCUGCAGAUGCCCCAGAAUUUGUCCCACGAACAUUUAUUCAACCUUCAGCUCAACCACAAAUCCAGAUUUCUAAUCCAGUACAGAGUAUGCAGCAACAUCAUCAGGUGACAAGUCCAGUUGUUCCCCAGCCUCAAAUUCAGUACACAUGCCACCCAGUUGUUGUACAAGUUAACAACUUGGUUGUACAGCUUACUAUAAAACCUAAUAGAUUUGAUCAAAUUGCACGACAAUUAACAACGAUACUCACGUGGCAAGUGAAAGAUGCAUACCUUAUGAAAGAGCUCAUCACAGUAAUAUUUGAGCAGGGUGUAGGUGAGGUGAACUUCAGAUAUAGUGGUGCUAAAUUGUGUCAGCACCUCUCCAAAAAUGUAACACAGUCUUACAAUGGGCCAACCUUUAAGAGUGUCUUACUACAGAGAUGCCAGGAAGAAUUCAAUGUUAAAGAUGUUUACCUGCAUACGGAUCCACCAAGAGUGUGUGGGUUCACACUAUUCCUUGCAGAACUUUUCACCCAGCUAGUUACAUCAAGUGGAGAAACAUUAAAUAUUCUUCAAGGAGCACUGUGUCAACUUCUCAGAGCUCUGCUCUCUCACCCAACAGACUCGAAUCUAAAGUGUGUUGCACAGGUUUUAAAGUUCACAGGUAGUAAUUUGGACAGUAGCAACAGAAAUGAAAUGGACCAGCUAAUGUGUAACUUGAAGGAUGUUGCCAUGACUGCUCCGGUGUCCACUGGAACCCGGUCUCUCCUACUAGCUGUCAUAGAGUUAAGAGCUGCCAACUGGGGUCGUGGUCCACCAUCUCCACCUCACUCUCCUGGUGAUACACCCACUCAUUCCAAUAUUCCUAUGGGAACAGUGUACUAUGGACCAGGUGGAGUGAUCCAGAGAGUUGAGGAUGAGCCAGAAGACUCUGCCAGUGACACAGAUGAUUUUAUUAACUCUGGGUGGUCACCAGCAGUAGAAGAACUAGAAGGCGAUGUGGCCGAGGCAUUCGAAGAGUUUCUCCGACUGCAGCAAUGAGACUGAUGAUCUCUAUGAAGGCUAAAUUCUCAGUUACAAAAAAAGCCUUAUUCUAGAAUUUGAGAUGCUUUAUUUUCAUGGGUAAUACCAGUCCAUGCUGUGUGUAAAGAUCAUGUAUCAAAUUUAGGAAAAUAAUUGUAACUCAACCUUAAUGUGUAUCGGAAUCCUGUUACUGUACUGGUAGGUUGUUGAUGCAGUAUAUCACAAAGCUUUUCUUGUGGUUGAAUCAGUAAGCUUAUUACUUGGAAAACACUCUUUAGAGUCUUCAGGGAGACCAUUGUUCUCAAUAGAACCUAAUCCUUUCCUUUUAUUUCUUAAAUAACAAUUUUAGUUAUACAUAUUUAAAUUGAUGACUAAUGUGAUGAUGAUAUUAGUCAUAGCAUCAUUUUCCACUUGUUGAGUUCAUAAAGUAAUAUUUAAUCUAUUGCAUUUGUAUUUCAUAUUUAUAAAUUAAUCAAUGAGGAACACAAAAUUUGAGGGCAAUUUUGACAUCAAUAAAGAGUUUGUCCAGAUAAUCAAACAGGCUUAUCCUGAUAUUGCUUUCUAUUGGAAAAUAUUUUAUUAGCACUUCUAAUUUCUUGUUACUGUAUUCAUAUAAUUCUGCAGUGUUGUUCGUUAGCGUAUAUUACCUUCAAUAAUUUAUUAUCGUGUAAUUGAGCAAUUACACAGAAUUUUGGUGAAUACUCAACUUCAAUUUGAUUCUCAUUAACCGUAAUAAUUUAUCAGUACUAAUAAACUUAAAUUUACCUACACUCCUGCUCAUUAUCCAUAGUUAUGACAUAAAGGCUUAUUCUUGUUGUAAAUAAGAUUGUUACUGCAAGCCUAUUAAUGGGGUUUGUUAAUAUUUAAAUUUAUUUAAACCCUUUGAUUUUGAUGAUGGUUCUCUCUACUGUAAUGACUCUCUGUAGAGGUUUUGGCUUGCACUUUUGCUAUGGAUAUUUGGUUGGGCUUUAGAUUUCCUGUACGCUGCAAACAUUUGACGGAUAAUUGUUUUCAACAGCUCAGUUUAUCGCUUCAUAACAAUAUUUUCACUGUUAACCUGAGCUGUGAGGAAUUUACGGCUUGCUAGCCUCAACUCUUGGGACACAUGUCUUGUGGGCUUAUGAUGGUUUAUCUUGUAACUAACAUUUCAAGAUACAAGAAAUAUUUGUUUUCCUGUUUAGAA